CUUCCGCUUCAGGCUUUUCCCCCUGGCGAAUGGUUUUCAUUCGCUGAGGAGGAGGAAGCCAUUACGAAGACCUGGGCAGCUGACCACCUCCUUUGGCUUGUGAAGUCUGAUACAGGAACGACUGUUCGAAGAGUAUUCGUCAGAAAUUAGGCUAUUUUAAGUCUCUUACCUGACAUUAACUAAAUUGGCAGUUUGUUAUAGUAAUUCACAAAAUGGAGAGCGAAAGCAAAUAUUUACCAGAGCUUCUAGCAGAGAAGGACAGUCUGGACGCCUCCUUUACUCACGCUACGAACCUUAUAUCCGCAGAGAUAGACAGGAUUCAGAAAGGUGAGUCAAAGCAAGGGGACAAUGCCUACCUGGACCUGUUUGCCACCAAGAACGUGAAGCUGAAGGAGCGAGUCCUCAUUCCAGUCAAGCAGCAUCCAAAGUUUAACUUCGUGGGGAAGAUCCUCGGUCCUCAGGGAAAUACCAUUAAGCGCCUGCAGGAGGAGACGGGGGCCAAGAUCUCCAUCCUGGGGAAGGGCUCCAUGCGGGAUAAAUCCAAGGAGGAGCAGCUGCGUAAAUGUGGUGAAGCCAAGUACGCACACCUCUCCAUGGAGCUCCAUGUGUUCGUCGAGGUGUCUGCGCCUGUACCUGAGGCCUACCUUCGCAUGGCCCGUGCCUUGGAGCAGGUCAAGAAGUUCCUCGUACCUCAGGACACAAAGGGUGAUCCUUGCCAGGAGCAGUUGGUUCAAAGGGGCUUCCUGAAUGGGGCUCAGGAGCCUGUGACUAGGGUUCGAGGGACCCCCUUUGUCCGUGGCAGAGGACCCCUUUUGCCGUUAGCCAGGGGCCGCGGUUUGCCUGCUCGCAGUGUAGCCCAACGCGGGGGCGCAUCUAGAGGACCAGCAGCCAGAGGGGCGGUGGCUGCAAGAAGUCGGCCUCUGGGGCCGACCCAGCGGAUGCUGCCCCUUCCCGUGCACACGGGCCCCCCAGAGCUGGAGGCUUACGAGGGCUAUGCCUAUGAGGAGAGCUAUGCAGAGCCCACCUAUGACAGCUAUGACCACUACUACAGCCAGUCGGCUCCGGGGGAAACAGAGUACUUUGAUUAUGGUCACGGAGAGACACAGGAGCCAUAUCAGACUUACGAUCUGUCUGCAGCCCAGGACGACUGGAACGGGACGUGGGCGGCGGUGCCCCCUGGCACAACAGGCCCAGCACGUCCUGCCAAGGGCUCCUACAGGGAUCAUCCGUAUGGCCGAUACUGACACACCACGUCGCCCUGGCAACCGCACCCCACCACAGCUCUUGCUUUUAUCAGCCGCUUCAAAGUAAUUGUCCAUGCCCCCCCCCCCCCAUGCUGGAGACUUUUAAUUUAAUUUAAUUAAUUAUGUGUCAAUCCUUCUAAUUUGUAGUUAGCCAGCAUUUAAAAAUGUACUCCAUUCGUUGCUAUUUAUUCAGUCUGAGUAAAAAAGUAAUUAGUGGUUGGUUAAACAUUUAAUCUUUGAAAAACAAAAAUCUUCACUGUGUAGUUCAGCAUACUGUUAAAUAAAAUGUUGCUUUACAAAAAUUAUUUACUAAAAGUUACAGAUUCCCACUUAUGCUGCAUCUUAAAAUUUCAAAAGUAAAUGUUAAUUUCGUAUAUAAUAGACAAAUCAAACUGACUGGGAAAGAACUAUGUGGGGGGAAUUUAGUCUUAAACACUUCUACUGCUGGUAUAAAAAAGUCUCUUCGUAAGUUUUGCUUUAUGUUGAAGUUUUUAAGUUUAGCCCUGUAGAGGCUGGAGACGUGGUGCCCCGAAAGGGGCCUGGAAGCCGCCUCUCUCUGCUCGGACUCUGUUUGGCCCAGGCGGCUCAUGCCGUCUUACAGCUCUGCAGAGGUUUGCGACUGUCCCUCUCGAUAAUGACGUUUCUGCAGCUUGGUGCCAGGCUCUGUACAAACACCCCAUGUACUCUCUCCACAAAGCAGAGCCCUGCCUCUGUAAACCUGUCUAAAUAAGGCACUAAACCUGUCCCAAAAUGUUUUGCAGCCGCUUGUCAAUAAAGCCUAGUUUUUUUUCUAUCAAACUAAA